GUGAACAAUGGCAAGCUCGACCUCCCGAACCUCGUGAUCAAGGACUCCCUGAUGGCGAUCGUCGUGGAGGAACUGGACGUCAAGGACCUCUGCACGGCGGACGGCGUGGACAAGUUCAAGGCCUGGAUCGCGGAGCGCUACCAAGAGAUCGAGGUCGGAAAGAUCGCCGAGGCAUUGAACGGCUUCUUCAAGAAACUACGCCGUGGUCCAAACCAGUCUGUGAGGGAGUUCAAUGCAGCUUUCGACCGCUCCUAUGCCAGACUGGUCGAAAUCGAAUGCCGACUACCGGAGACGGCUCGUGCUUGGGCCUACCUCAGUGCUCUCUCUCUUUCCCACUCGGAGGAGCUGGCCAUCCUUGGGAGCGUGAACAACGAGUUCGUAU